GAAGCAUCCCCGUGAGUGGCGUCCGUGACAAGAAAUCCCGUUUGAUCAUUCUUUCUCCUCUGAUCAUUUUUUUAUUUUUGAAUAACAUUUCUGCGAUAGUUCGUUCGUAUGUCUGCGUUUCUUUCCUAUAUAUACAUUCGCAAGGCUUAUUCAGUUAUUCUCCAUUCAGUUUUUCAUAGACAAAAAUGGUCAAUUCUUCUAGAGGAACAAACUAAACCCCAUCAAUCGACCAAACUUUAAUUAUAAGUCUCAAGUCUCGAACUUGUUCAUUUUUCCUAAGCGCUUACGGGUACCCCAAUUCCCUGUCUUCAACUUCGGGUGUCUCUGACUCUGUCAAACGCGGUACUCAGAAACCAGGCGCAGGUUUAUUGGAUUCUCGUAAAACGACAGAGUUUCAGCGGAGAUUGUUGAUUCAGUAGGAAUCGGAAAUGUUGGGGGAUUUCAUCAUUCGAUGUCUUAUACUGAUUCUGGGGUAUGCGUAUCCUGGAUUUGAAUGCUACAAAAGUGUGGAGCAAAACAGGGGUGACAAUGGGGAACUUCGAUUCUGGUGUCAAUACUGGGUCAUUGUAGCACUUUUCACAGUACUGGAGAAUUUUACCGAUGCAGUUAUUGGAUGGUGGUUUCCCUUAUACGGAGAGUUGAAGCUUGCACUCUUUAUCUACUUGUGGUAUCCCAAAACUAAGGGGACGGGAUAUGUAUAUAAUACUGUGCUGCGGCCUUAUGUAUCAAGCCAUGAAAAUGACAUUGAGAAAAAGUUCCGAGAGUGGCGAGCUAGGGCAUGGGAUUUGGCCAUUUUUUACUGGAAAAACUGCACAGAGUUGGGGCAAGCUACAACUUUCCAGAUUCUCGACUAUUUGGCUGCACAGUCUAAAAAAUUCUCCAGCAAAUCUUACUCUGAGAAAAAAGACAAGCUGGGUCCAACUCCAAGUGCCCCACCAUUAUCUUCACUUCGAGAAACUCUCUUUGAGAACAACCAAAACAAAUUCCCAGGCCGCAAGAACAAGUAAGGGGACUGAAGCGCUUUAAAUAAAGGGAAUCUCACUACAGAAACUGUAACAUUUUUGUACAUAUACUUACGUCAACUCCAUAAUUAGCCUCAUUCUGUUUGUAAUAUAUAAAGAAUUGCUUUGUCUUUUGUUCC